GGCAGAUACCGGAAGUGCUGAAUUCUUCGCGGGAGCGUGCGGCUCAGAGAAUGAGUUCCUUCUCCACCUGAGGAGCCUACUGUUGACUUGAAUCCAUUUACUGAAGAUGAAGCAGGAGAAUUCCCGAAGUGCAUCCUAUACUGUGGAGUGUGAAGAUUACGUGCAUGUGGUGGAAUUCAACCCAUUUGAGAGUGGCACUGCAGAAUCACUCAUUGCAUAUGGUGGCAAUAAUUAUGUCGUUAUUGGGACCUGCAGGUUCCAGGAUGAGGAUACAGAAGUGGAAGGAAUUCAGUAUAAAACGCUAAGAGUUUUUCAUCAUGGGAUUAGAGUUGAUGUCAUUGCAUGGAGUCCAGAAACUAGACUUGAUGCUUUAUCUCCCCAGAUACGAUUUUGUACUGCAGCUGCUGAUAAGAAAUUAAGGUUAUUCACCUCAGAUCUCCAAGAAAAUAAUGGAUAUAAGACUUUAGAGGGCCACACAGAUUACAUUAAUGAUGUGGUAUUUUCACCUAAAGAAGGUCAGGAAAUUGCAAGUGUGAGUGAUGACCAUACUUGCAGGAUCUGGGACCUGGAAGGAAACUUGACCACUGACUUUGUUCUACGUUCUCCUGGAGUGAGUGUGGGCUGGCAUCCUGAAGAUGCAUUCAAGUUAAUGGUCGCAGAGAAGAACGGAACAAUACGAUUCUAUGAUCUUGUCACCCAUCAAGCUAUUUUGUCUCUCACAACUGAUCAAACACCACUGAUGUCAGCAAACUGGUGUUUAAAAAAUACUUUUAAAGUUGGAGCAGUUGCUGGAAAUGACUGGUUUAUCUGGGACAUUACUCGAUCUAGUUAUCCUUUGGAUAAGAGACCUGUCCAUGCAGAUAGAGCUAGAUUAUUCAGGUGGUCCCGAGUCAAUGAAAACUUGUUUGCCACAACCGGAUAUCCAGGCAAAAUGACCAGCCAGCUUCUAGUCCAUCAUUUGGGACAUCCUCAGCCCAUUCUUAUCGGUUCUGCACCUGUAGGAUCUGGCUUAACAUGGCAUAGAACACUUCCAUUAUGUGCAGUGGGUGGAGAUCAUAAACUUUUUUUCUGGAUGACAGAAAUGUAACCAUUUAUAUAAAAUCUGGGAUUUUAACGUGAAGAUAUUCAUUAAAUUUAACAUAUUUUAUAUCGCUGUUUACUUGCCAAAUGAUACAGAUAUACCAAAUGACUGCAUACAAGGAACGAAGAAUCUUUGCUGUACUUUUUCUUUUUCAAGGCUACAGAUGCAACCAGCUCCAUCAAAGCAGGUUUUGUUUUGUUUUGUUUGUCGGGGAAGGGAGUUUGUAAUAAAAUAUUAUUGUCUCUCGA